AUGGAUGUCGUGGUCGUGGGCUCAGGGCCUGCAGGGUUGGCGCUGACGGCAGAGCUGGGGAUGAAGGGCAUGAAGGUUUCCUGCGUCGAUCCCAACCUAGACGUCGGGUGGAUCCCCAACUAUGGAGUGUGGGUUGAUGAAGUUGAGCCGCUGGGCCUGAAGGAAUGCCUCAUGACGAUCUGGCCGACGGCGACAGUCUUCAUGGGAGGAAGCUCAGGGGACGAGAAGAUCGUGCUGAACCGUCCUUACGGGAGGAUUGACCGCAAGAAGAUCAAGGAGCACUUCCUGUCCAGGUGCAGCAAGUACGGGGUAAGGAUGGAGAAGGUGGCGGUGAAGUCGCUGUUGCACGAGAAGAGCAUGACCUCGGUGAAGCUGGACGACGGCAGUGAGCUCAAGACCCGGCUGGUUGUUGACUGCACGGGACACUCGAAGGCGUUUGUCGAGUACGAGCAGGGACGCGAGCCAGGGGUGCAGGCGGCGUACGGGAUCGAGUGCGACAUCGAGCCGGGGACGUAUCCCUUCCCGCUAGAUGAGAUGCUGCUCAUGGAUUAUCGUGAUGUCCACAUGCAGAGCUCCUCAGGGGAGUUGGCCGAGUCCGAGGCUGUUCCGACCUUCAUCUAUGUCAUGCCGACGAAUGCUGGGAGGGUGUUCUUUGAAGAAACUUCUCUCAUCGCCAACCCCGCUGUGCCCUUCGACGACCUGAAGAGGAGAUUGUACAAGCGUCUUGACCUCUGGGGGACCAAAGUUGUCAAGGUCCACGAGGAGGAGUUCUGCUACAUCCCAAUGGGAGGAGCCAUGCCCGUUUCCCCGCAAAGAGUUGUUGGUUUCGGAGGUUCUGCCGGUCUGGUGCAUCCUGCCACAGGGUACAUGCUGUCAAGGACGUUGACGUUGGCGUCCGACACUGCCAAGUCCAUCGAGGAGGCUCUCAAGAAGAACCCUGAGGAUGCCGAGGCGGCGGCGCAUCACGUGUGGGAGCAGCUGUGGACCGACAAGACGAGGAGGCAGCGCGACUUUGCUAACUUCGGGGGGGAAUACCUUGAGUCGAUAGGCCUUGGGGAGCUGAGAGAGUUCUUUGGAGCCUUCUUCGUGCUUCCCUUCCAGCAGUGGGGAGGCUUCUUGUCCCACAGGCUGGUGGAGCCCUACGAGAGGCUGAUCUUUGGCCUCGGCGUGUGGGAAAACACGUCAUGGAGAGUUCGGGGCUCGCUCGCACUCAAGGGGUUCCUCUCAGGACCCAACGGAUGGAUCACCCUUGCCCGUUCCGUCCUCCCGCUGGCGGGGGAUGACAGCAAGCAGUUCCCAAGUAAGAGCAACAGGCCGGAGUUCUUCAAGAAACUUUGA